AUGGUCUACUCUACUGAUGAAAGCAAAUGGAGAGCGUACCAGUUUCUGGACCCAUUUGCCGCCGGCUCGUUUGUGGUGUGCAACAAAAUCAACUCCUAUUUCUGCCGCCCGGACUGCGACGCCCACCCCAUCACGGAAUUGCAUCUGGAAAUCAAGUUCGUGGAGUCGCCCAACGACGCUGCCCGGUUGGGCUUUUCGCCCUGCAAGUCAUGUGACCCCAUGCUGGUGCCCUCCAUUGACGUGAACCUCCUUUUGGUCACGGUCAAGGAGAUCAACGCCAUGAUCGGCUUUGUGCCCCCUUUGCUUGACGACGACGAGAACAAGGUCACCGAGACCAUCAAGGAAAACAUCAUGUGCCAGAGCUCCGUGCAGCGCCGCAUGUCGGUACCUGCCAACGCGUUCUCAAACAAAACCGCGACCUCCUUGAAACCCUUGGCGGGCGCCGUUUCCAAAAACGACUCGGAGCACUACCGCCUCAUUGACUUGGCGUGCCGCCACCUUGCGUUGGCCGCGGCCAUGUCGAUCUUCAACGGCCCGGGCGCGUCUGCAGGAAGCAGUCCCAGAUCCGACGACAGCAGCUCCGGGGGUGCCAAGAAGAAGGGCGGCAAGAAGAGACGCGGCGGGGUGUUGGGCUUCAAGGAGCUUGCCACCAAGUCGAAGUUGUCUGCGUGGCACUUCCACCGCGUGUUCAAGAGCAUCAUUGGCCUCACUCCCAAGACAUACGGAGACAUGUGCUGGGAAUUCUUGGAGAAGGAAAAGGACGCCAUGGAUGCGGGCGAGACGCCUGCGCGGAAGCCCUCCAGCGUGAGCUUAUUGGCUGACUCCGAGCGUCUUGCCGUUGGGGGACUGGAGCACGGCUCCACCUCGGGUUCUGUGGCGGGCCUAGGCCCGGUCUCUGAGCCUGCCCCUUUGAGCAUGGCGCCUGCAGCCACCACGCCGCAGCUCUCAGAGGAACCCUGUCCCUUUGAGUUGCCUGAGCUG